AUUGUAAUCAAAUCUUGUAAUUUUGAAAUACAAUGGAAAUUAUGAACAGUCGGAUUUGUCUUAUUUAUAAAAUGAAUGAAAGGGCGUAGAAUAAAAUAUGUUUCAGCGUAAAAAUGUCUUAGAAAAUCAAUACGAUCAAUGAGAAACACUCAAAAAAGGAAAUGAGAGAGUAAAAUCAGAAUAUUGUUCUGUAAAUAUGAUAACAGAUGUGAGCGAAAUAUUGACGUUAUCAAGACACCUGGUAAUAAUCAUAUUUAAAUAUUUAUAACAUGGAACUUAAAUGUAAAGUACAGACUUAUGAUUGGGGAAAACAUGGUAUCGAUAGUACAGUUGCAACUUUAAUGAAAUCUGCCAAUUCAGAUUUUGUAUUAGAUGAAAAAAAACCAUACGCCGAAUUAUGGAUGGGUACACAUCCCAAUGGUCCUUCAUUCAUGAAAGACUCAAAUAUAUCUUUAGAGGAAUAUAUAAAACAAAAUAGUGAAGUAUUAGGCAGUGAUACUCUAAAAAUAUUUAGCCAACAACUACCAUUCCUUUUUAAAGUAUUAUCUGUGAAUAAAGCAUUAUCGAUUCAGGCACAUCCACAUAAGGAAAAAGCAAUAGAGUUGCAUCAACAGUAUCCUACUAUUUACAAAGAUGCAAAUCAUAAACCUGAGCUUGCAAUAGCAUUAACACCAUUUGAGGCUCUCUGUGGUUUCCGUCCAAUUAGAGAGAUAAAAGAGUUUUUAAAAAUUCUUCCAGAAUUACGUGCUGUGAUAGGAGAAGAUAAAGUACUUAAAUUUAUGACAAUAGAUGAAACUGGUAUUAGCAAGGCUUUGAAAACAUGUUUCCAUAGUCUAAUGACUUGUGAUCCUGGUUUGAUAGCACUGCAACUUAGAAAAUUACUUGAUAGAUUAUCUAAUUUAGAUGAGUCAUUAAGACAAACUUUACAUGCCAGUUUACUAGAAAGACUGUACUUAGAUUACCCUGCAGAUGUAGGAUGUUUUGGCAUUUAUUUUUUUAAUUUUGUAACAAUGCAGCCUGGUGAGGCUAUAUACCUUGGACCAAAUGAACCACAUGCAUAUCUUUCUGGUGAUUGCAUUGAAUGUAUGGCAUGUUCUGACAACGUAGUGCGUUCCGGGUUGACUCAAAAAUUAAAAGAUGUGCCAACAUUAAUUGAAAUGUUAACAUAUAAUUGUGAACCAAUUUCUGCAAAAAAAUUUCAACCUUCUCGCGAGGACGAAUGUACCGAAGUAUUUCGUCCUCCUGUAUCAGAUUUUGCGGUUGCCAAAAUUACAAUACCUCCUGGAAGAUCUUCAUAUAAUAUAAUUCCGAGGAGUACAGCUAGUAUUUUAAUCAUUAUAAACGGUAAAGGAGAAAUUUCAUCGUCGAAAAUUCUUUAUCGGGGAUCUGUUAUAUUUAUUGCUGCAAAUGAAGAAAUCGGAAUUAAAGUUUUAUGCGGUUGUCAUCCGAUGUUAAUGUUUCAAGCAUUUGUAAACGUUUAA